UUGUGAGUGUGAUGAUUCUGAAGUCGAAGAAGGAUGUGGAGUUAGAUAUGACCGUGAAUCCUUCUCGAGUUAUUGGUUGAAGUACUACUGUCUGAUACCAAGCUAUUUUCUCAACUGGCUUUCUUGUGUGAGUUGGCUUAUGUGAUACCUGAAACUAAGGCCAAGGAUAUAAGAAGGUACUACGGCACAGUUUGUAACAUCUUCCUUGGAAAAGAAAGCCAAGGCAGCUGCCAUAAAAGUUGAACUCAAUCAAGACUGUUCGUGAACCGACUCAAUUGCUGCUCAAUCUUAUUCUGAAAACAUUGUGAAACUUGAGCAAAUAUGUCAAACUGACCAUCUGUUGCUUCUAAGAUUGCUGCAUCAGCUGCAAGCUGAUUUCAUGUUCAAUCUCAUGGCUGUAGUUGUGGCAGGAGAGAAGGAAAAGCUAGAGGCUGCAAAGGGUCUUAAGUCCCUUCAUUCUUCACCCCGUGAAUGGUUUGUUUGUGACGAUCCAAGCACGUUCACCCGCUGCUUUGUGAUUCAGGGAUCAGACUCCCGUGCAUCUUGGCAAGCCAGUCUGUUCUUUGAGCCUACAAGAUUUGAGGGAACAGAUGUGCUUGUUCAUAGUGGAAUUUACGAAGCUGCAAAAGGAAUUUACAAGCAAUUAUUGCCAGAGAUCAUAGACCAUCAACAUAAAUACGGUGCUUCAAUUUACUGGUCAUUCUCUUCAUGGUAGUCUUUCUCUUGUAGUUAAUCUAAUGCUACUAAAUAGAAACAUUGUCAAGCCCUCUGCUCUUCGCUCAGUUGUCACAUUUGCUUCACCAUUUGUGUUCUGUGGAGACUGAAAGAUAGUUGAUUAUUUGGAAUUGGACGAGAGCCAUGUUCAUUGUGUGAUGAUGCUUAGAGAUAUUGUACCUA